AUGCAUCUCAAGCUCAUUGCCCUCACUGCUUCUCUUGUCGCCAGUCUUAGUCUGGCUGCGCCUGUCGAAUAUUCAGUUCAGGUUGCAGACGCGGAUUCAACCGUUGGACAGGCUUUCUACGACAAAUACAAGGAGGCACACAAGCGUGGGGAGGCCGAGGAGGAUUCAGCUGUGGGCCAGGCUUUCUACGGAAAAUAUACGGAGCAGCGCAAGCGUGAGGAUGCAAAGGAGGAUUCAGCUGUAGGCCAGGCGUUCUACGGAAAAUACAAGGAGGAGCGCAAGCGUGAGGAUGCAGAGGAGGAUUCAGCUGUGGGUCAGGCUUUCUACGGAAAAUACACUGAGACCCCCUAG